AUGACCACUGUCCCCUGGGGAGAGGCCGGCAUCCCCACGCACAGUGACAGCAGGUCUCCAGACAGCCCUGCAGUGGGAUCCCAAAGUCAGGUCUCCCUCCCUGCAGUUGGCCCAGCGGCUAGCGGUGCAGCGUCCACUGAACAGCAGGAUGUAGAUCCGGCCUCCAUCAGGUCAGCCGCCUCCAAGGCCACAGCAGCAUCUGGGGAGGAGAACCAGCAUGAAGAUGAAGCUGGUGCAGGGCACAGUCAGGAGCCCAAGAAGGCCACGGCCCAGCUGGCCCGCCCGGCCCCAGAUGCCCGGCAAACAUCCUUGAGUCUCCAGAACCUAGUGUGGGCUGGGCCGGUGCAAGAUUUGAGGAAGACCCGGAGUCUUAGGAUUUCCCACACUGACUCCCUGGUUAAGGAAGAGACACCACAAAGAGUGGGUAUCCCAAACAGGGAGCGAGACCUAGACCCAUCUACCCCGAGUGCUGAAGCACAGUUCCCCCAAAAUGUGCCUGCCGUGGGCAUUACAGAUGCAGACAGCCAGCUUGACACCAUCGAAGCUGUUGAGAAAUCUGAGGGUCCAGAAGCUGUGAACCCUGACACUGAAGCUUUGCCAUCAGCUGAGUCCCAGGCAGUGACCGAGGGGGAUUUGAUAGACUGCUCGAGCGCCUCCACGGUGGCCCUGGGGAGAAGGCGUCUGGACUCCAGUCUGUACAUAGCCUGCGAGGAGAACGCCUACAUGCGCUCCAUGACCAGCUUGCUGGGAGCGGGUGAGGGGUCCAUCAGCUGCCUGGCAGACAUCCUGGUCUGGUCUGAGGCCACCAUGAGCUUGGCCACGGGCCUCCUGGCCUCGGGACACAUCUCCGUGACAUACCUGCUGCACAGCCCAGGGCCCAGCCUGCGCUUGGUCUCCAGCAUCCUGGGGAACGCGAGGUUGGCCUUCUCCUCUGGGCUGGUCCUCCGCUCUGUCAACCGCAUGCUGGAGAGGAUGGAGCAGAGGACUGUAGACGGCAUCUGCUCAGCCAUUUGUUACAUGACCAGCCAACUCACCCACUCUGGCCUCAACGCUUACUAG